UGAAGAAAUUCGCCACUCUGCGACUGAACAGAGACGUAAGAGAGAGCUCAGAGAAAGUACCCCGAGGUACAUUGAUUGUUGCAGUCGGACUACAAGCUUAAAUUAAGUGAUCGAACCCAGUUAGCUGCUGGAAUUUGUCCUAAUAUAUGUGAGCUUUAGUGUAUUGACGCGCUUUUUUUAUGUACGUUGUGCAGCUUUAUGAGUGGGGAUAAGUUUCCUAGCCUGCUAACCCGGCUCACUAGCCUAUAAAUAAACAAACACGGAUUUUUUUUUUAUUGAAGUUUUUCGCUCUCACGAAAAAAACCCAAAGGAGAAACCAGCCAAAAGUGUAAUUUAAAAGCAGAAACGGUGCAAAUAGAGCCGUUUGUCCAUAAGAACCGAAGUAAAUAGUCGGCGUCGGCUUGUUGAGUUUAGCCAGUUUGCUAAUGAAAUGCUCCUCUCUGCCAAUUAGCGAUUAAAUAUGGAGUGACAAGGGCUAUCCGAACCUCCUGUCAAGAUUGUCGACAGAGAAACUUUAAUUUUAGGCAGAAAGCUUCAUCCGCGUCCUGUCUGAAAUCUGGACUGACUGUAGCAUCUCUUGUACGUUAGUUUGGUAUAAGACAGGUAGCCAGAAGCUAACUGAGGUAACGUUAUCCAGGCGAGGAGAGAGACGGUGCUGUGACACCGUUUCAAAUAUCAGUUUGACCACCCGCCUGAGUCAUGGAGAAGGAUGAAAAUGGUGAAAACAUAGUGGAAACGGUGAAGGACUCAGUAGUGACCUCCGCCUAUAGAUAUACCAAGGAAGAGCUUAUGGAAAUCAAAGAACUGGCAAUUUCCAACGAGAGGCCAGAGUGUCUAUCAGAGAAAUAUGACAGUGAUGGGGUCUGGGACCCUGAAAAAUGGCAUGCCUCACUAUAUCCCUCUUCAGAAAACAGCUGUCCAACAGAAGGAUACAAGAAAGAUUAUGCAGAGGAUAGAGUUCCGCUAAAACGCAGAAUUGCAGAUCCUCGGGAACGUGUAAAAGAUGAUGAUCUUGAGGUGGUUCUUAGUCCACAGCGACGUAGUUUUGGUGGGGGUUGUCAAGUGGCACCCACUGCCCUCCCUCGCCGCCCCAUCAGCCCUCUGGAGAACAAAGAGAACGAGUCACUUCGUUUGGGGGGCGCACGUCGCAUAGGGAGUGGCCGUAUCAUUGCAUCACGUGUAUUUGAGAGGGACGCACGAGUUGACAAGGAGAGGGAGCGAGACCGAGAACGUGAAUUUAAGGACAAGAGAUUUAGGAGAGACUUUGGAGACAAAAGAGUGUUCAGUGAGAGAAGAAGAAAUGAUUCCUAUGCUGAAGAGGAGCCAGAGUGGUUCUCUGGUGGGCCCACUAGUCAGUCAGAGACCAUUGAGCUCAUUGGCUUUGAUGACAAGAUCUUUGAGGAUGACAAGCGGAGGACCAAGCGUUCCAGGAAGAAGCCAGAGUCUGUUAAAGAAGUUGAAUGUAAUGGUGGGCUCUCUGAAGACCCUGAAGUAGUUCAACAGUCAGGAGCUGACCAAGAGGUUCCACAUGCCGAGGUUCUUCCUGAGCAAACCCCUGGAGAAUUUGACUUCAAUGAGUUUUUCAAUCUUGAAAAGACCAUGCCUGGCCUGGCUUCGUUACAGCAGCAGUCAGUGGAUCCUGCUCUUGUGCCCUUAUCGGAGGCACAGGUACCUGCCUCUCAGCAGAAAAACAUCUUUCAGGAAUUAUUGGUUGCCCCUCAUGGCCCUGUUCCUGCCCCUGUGCCUGGCUUCGUACACCACCGUGCUUCACCCCCACUCUUCCCACAGAGACAGGACUUUUUCCCAGGCAUGCCACCUGCAACAGGGUUCCCUGCUAGCCCACAAACUGUGUUAGAUCAAAUUCCAGACUUGCAUCGGGCCAGGAAUACACCACAGAUGAGAGCUUUGCCAAUGGGAGUGGACCAGGCCAGUCUGGAAGCUUUGUUUCAGCAGGAACUGGCAGUUCUUAAUCACCCACAGUACCAACAAGGCUACAACAAACAGGCUCACGAUAAGGCAUUUCGUAACAGACCAACCAGGAUGAACCGUUCACCUGGGCCUCACCUGCCUGGACGGACAUCACCUGGCAAUACAGUAACAAGUGUGCUGUCUCCAUCUUUCACUCCCACUUCUGUGAUCAAAAAAAUGUACGAGUCAAAAGAGAAAGGUCGAGAUGAUCCUGGGAGUAGACCAGGAAGUAAAGAGGAGACCGUGAACUCCCAUAACUCACAGGAGGAUGGGCCUCCAUCACCCAGUUCCUUUCUGGAAGAUGUGGACACAAGUGGUCCUCAGACUGGUGGGGUAAAGGCAUGCUCCACCCCCGUUCCUACUCCAAAUCGUCAUAGUAAAGACCCAGACCGACCUAGGCCUCCUUCAACAACUGGCCACCACACUCCCACCAUGCUGUCACCAGGGCCCUCUUCUCCCUUCCCCAGGCCCCAGAUGUAUCCAGUUCCUUUGCUUCCCCAUGUCCCUUUGAUCAGACCUCCACCCCAGCUUCAUCCCAGUGUGAUGCAGAGGAUGCUGGCUCAGGGCAUCCAGCCUCAACAGCUCGGACCCACAUUAUUACAAACAGGCAUGUUCCCUCAGGCUGUAGACCUGUCUCAGCUUCAGGGUUUGCCCCCAGCCCUCUUAGGGCAGCCUCUGUAUCCCCUUGGUCCUGCAGGGCAUCCACUCAUGGCCCCUAGAGCUGCAGGAACACACAUGCAGUUAGCAGUCAUGCAGCAACGGCUUCAACAGCAGCAGAGACCAAAUCUGCCAGUGGCUCCAUCGGGAGGCCCCCAGUCACAGAGCCACGGUCCUCAUUGGACAAACCAUUCACAGCAAAGAGGUGGUAGCCCUCCUCUGGGUCUGGCCAAGUGGUUUGGUUCUGACGUGCUGCAACAGUCCCUCCCUUCUAUGCCGUCUACUAAAGUAAUCAGUGUUGACGAGCUCGAGUUCCACCAGUGAUGACAUCCUGUGACCAGUCAGCAGGAGUGAAGCAAGACAUCCCUUCCCUUCCCCACUACCCUCUAGUUGGAAAGAUAUGAACUUUGAUUUCUACUAUAAUGUACAGAUGUCAGAGCCCUGUCUAUUUUUCUGUGCUCUGUCUGAAACCCUUGCAGUUGCUAAAUUUCUUUUAUUUAAUUUUUUUUUAAAAGGCCUGAAGUUGAGGAAAAAGGGAAAAGACACUGGGUUUUUUUCCUACCGCUUUUGUCACAAAGUAGUUUCUCAUAGUUUUUGUUUUGAAUUUUCAGUUUUUGCAGUAAAGUAAAUAAUGUAUAGGCCUGAAUUUGUACAGAUUAUGUAUUUUCAGAUUAUUACAAAACAGAUUAUUUUCUGUCUUUAUGUGGGGAAGGUUAUCCUGCUAUUGACAAACUGGAAAGUUGCGUUUUGUCCAGUCACAAUGUCUGCACAAUGUUCCAUGUUUCCCAUCUAGGGUUGAUCUGGGCGGAAAAGGGCGCCACUGCUGAUUGCCGGUUUGUUGGAAAGGAGAUGUUUGUGUGUAGCAAUUUAAUGCAUCCCUAAUCCAGAGAUACAUGCCCUUGAAACUUUUGCUGGAAUAUUGAAGCCAGCAUGUUCUGCAAGAGGGGACAGUCUUCCACCCCAAGAAGUGAAUGCUAGUUGUGCCUUUGUUUCCUUUUGAUGUGUGUUGUUUUUUUUUUUUUUUAAGCAAAAAGCCCUCCCAUCCCUUCUCCAGCCAGUCUUGGUCACCGUAUGAGAAGCACUGCUCUGAAUCACAUUUGUUUUAGGGUGGCAGGGGUUGGAAAUUAAGUAAUGUGCUAUUAAUUUAAGAAGCACAAAUAGUUGAUAAAUAUAAAAAAAAUAAA